AUGGAGAUGCGGGAUAAGAAGCAGGAGGAGGCGGCCGGGGCUUUGGGCCUGUCCACUGACCAGGCUCUGAGGAAGCUCUGUGACCAGCUGAGCAGACUGCUGGAUCAGCAUCAGAGAGCUGCCCGCAGGCGGGUCUCAGUUCAGGAGCAGUGGGCAAACAGCUUCCUGUACCAUGGCAACCGCCACUCCUGUCUCCAUUGGCCGGGAGCUGCCCUCACUCUGCUGGUGGUGCUGGGACUCUUUUGUUGCCAGGGUAGUCAACCAAAAGGCAGUUCUGGUAUCGAGCUGGUGAACGCUGUGGCCCUCCUUCUCCUCUUACUGCUCAACCUGCUACUAGUUGGACGACAGGAAAUGCUGAAGAGGAGCGAGAUGAUCCGAAGGCUCAAGGGCAUCAUCACACAACUAAACAACUAUUUGUCGGGCUGUGCUGGUGAAACAGUGCGGUGGUCUUCAUCUCUGUACCCAGACUUGUAUACACCCUUGUCUCCAUCAUGGUCUCUUCACUGGACCUACCGAGACGUCCAGCUGGUUAAUCUGCCAGUUAGUCUGCUGGUGGAAGGAGACGUUAUCGCUCUGAGACCUGGGCAAGAGGCUUUUGUUUCCCUCAGAGGCAUUAAGGAAGAUGAGCACAUUGUGUUGGAACCAGGGGAUUUAUUACCCCCUUUCUCCCCUCCCCCUUCACCGCGGGCCAGUGAGAAGAGAGGACCCCAGAGUCCCCAGCAGCACCGACUCUUCAGGGUGGUCCGGACUCCAGUUUUGGAUGCAGUCAGGAACAGUUUGGAGUUGGCGCUGUCUCGGCCAAUCACCGUUCUGGACAAUGAAAGAUUUACAGUGCAGUCAGUGAUUACCAAAAUAAUCUGUCCAAUUGUGCUGGUGGUGUUCUUGGUAGUCAACACUGUGCGGUAUUUUUGUGAUGCACCUGGCCUCUCCCCUGCUUGCUACAACUUCUUUCAACUUCAGGUAAUGGGUGUUCUGCCCAUCCUUCCUCUGCUCUUUCCCGUCAUGUGGGUGCUCGUAAAUGCCUUUGGAGAGGCGAGAGUCCUCGCCGAGUUCAGCUGGGCAUCACCUGCAGGCCUGCUUGCUAAGUUCUCUGAGGACACUCUAAGCAGCUACACCGAAGUGGUUUCCUCCCAGGAGAUGCUCCGUUGUGUGUGGAGACACCUGGUUGGCGUCCUGAAGGGGGAGUCUCAGACACUAUGUUAUACUUCGAGCCUUUUGCACAGUCUGGGAUCUGUCACUGUUCUGUGUUGUGUGGACAAACAGGGUAUCCUGUCCUGGCCGAACCCCAGUCCAGAAACCGUGCUGUUCUUCAGUGGACGGGUUGAACCACCUCACAGCAGCCAGGAUGAUCUCAGAGACGACCUGUCCAUCAGCUCCUUCUGCCGCAUGGAAACAGAAGAAGACAGGGAUGAGGCCCAAGAGGGAGAGGCACUGCUCUGUCUGCAAAAUGAGCCUUCAGUCCAGCUGGGGGAAGGGCCAGAGCCCAGCGAAACAUCACAUGACACAGCUCCCUCGACUGACACACUGCAGCUGCGGCGCUCUGGACAACAAGUGCCGAGCACCCGUACCAAGCACCACUCUGGGUCCAAUGUGAGCUUCAGCCAUGACACUGAAGGAGGCGAGGACGAUCAGACCCAGGACUUUGCAAUGGGUUGCCCAGAUGCAGAAGCUGAGGAUUUUGUGUGCGACUACCACUUGGAAAUGCUGAGCCUUUCACAGGACCAGCAGAACCCGGCUAGCAUCCAGUUUGAUGAUCUCUCCUGGCAGUGUCACCUGCCCUCCCUUAAACCGCUGGGCCUUAAUAUCAUGCUGAAUCUCUGCAAUGCUAGCAUCACCCAGCAGCUGUGCCGCUUCUCUGAUCACCUGUGCAACCUGGCACUACAGGAGAGCCACGGCACCGUGAUGCCCGUCUACGUACCUUGGGGGCUGUGCGAGCUGUCCAGGCUCAUAGGAUUCACUCCUGGUGCGAGGGAGCUCUUCAAACAGGAGAAUCAUUUGGCUCUGUACCAGCUGCCAUCUGGAGAGAAGACCAAAGAGUUUGCUUCACGCCGGCUACAUUACUUCACCAAACGCCAACCUCCCAUCUCCCAUCUUAUCUCCCUGUUUGUACGGGACUCUUCCUCCAACCACGUCCAGAUGCUGUCACAUGGAUCAGCCGACCUUAUCCUGGAGGCCUGCACUGACUUCUGGGAUGGGACUGAUAUCUACCCUCUCUCAGGUUCUGACAGGAAAAAGGUUCUGGACUUUUACCAGCGUGCCUGUCUGUCAGGUUACUGUUCAGCUUUCGCCUACAAACCCAUGCAAGUGUCGCUGUCCAGUCAGCUGAAUGGAAAAUGUGUGGAGCUGGCUCCUGGACCAGGUCUCUUCUCUGGAAUGGAGCUGCCCUCCACCACACCCAUCAAACACGGUUCCUGCAGGAACAGCUGGAGCUCUGACGAGGGCAUUGGUGAGGGUGUUGAACGUGAGGACUGCGUCCAGGCCCUCAGUGGACAGAUCUUCAUGGGUAUGGUGUCAUCCCAGUUCCAGGCGAGGUUAGACACUGUCCGACUUAUCGAUGCCUUGGUCACUGCCUGUAUUCGCUUUGUCUACUUCUCCAUGGAAGACGAACUCCGCAGCAAGGUUUUUGCAGAGAAGAUGGGUUUAGAGACAGGUUGGAACUGUCACAUCUCUCUGACUCCAAAUGGGGAUAGUCCCUGUGAUGGAGCGCCCUCUAGCCCAGGUCACGGCUCGCUGCAUGAAGACCUGAACCAAGAUUCACGUGAUGAAGCUGAGGGUCCACUGCUGCCAGAGGAGGAAGCCCACUCGGACCUGGCCAGUUUCCAGCCCACAGACAGUGAUGUCCCCAGCUUCCUGGAGGACUGUAACAGGGCCAAGCUGCCUCGUGGGAUUCACCAGGUUCGUCCUCACUUGAAGAACAUUGACAAUGUGCCUCUUUUGGUGCCACUCUUCACUGACUGCACGCCUGACACGAUGUGUGAGAUGAUGAAGAUCAUGCAGGAGAACAGAGAAGUUACCUGCUGUCUGGGAAGCUCUGCCAACUUCCGCAACAGCCGACUAUUUCUCCAAAGCAACCUCAGCAUUGCUCUGGACCCUCUCUACCCGUCUCAGUGUUCCUGGGAGACGUUUGGCUAUGCCACGGGUGGCGGCUUUAACUGCGCCGUUGAAGGUUUGUCUCCUCUGAGACUCUCGGGUCAGCUCAACAGUCUGGGCUGUUCCGUCACCUUCCACCAAGGCGAGAGCGUCAGCAUGGUCAGACUCAUAGAGCAGGCACGACACACAGCCUACGGCAUCCGCAAGUGCUUCCUGUUCCUCCUGCAGUGCCAGCUGAGUGUGGUCAUCAUUCAGUUCUUAGCUUGUCUGGCUCAGCUUCCUCCUCCCAUCAACACCACUGACAUCCUGUGGCUGUCCUGCUUCAGUUCGCCGCUGCUAAGUGCAUCGCUUUUAGGGAAACCACCCGACAGUUCAGUGAUGUCAGUGGCUACAGGAAAGAAUCUCGAUGGCAUUCCGAAGAAGACCCAGAACUACUUCCUCGGCUGUUUCCUGGUCAAGUUUGGCCUGACGAUGUGCUGCUACCUGCUGGCCUUCGGUUUCACCCUGCAGGAAGUCUGCCAGCGAAGCAGAAACUUAACCCGGGAUGACAACUCCAUCGUGACCUGCAGUCACAUCUUCACAGUCAGCUCUUCCGAGAAUGCGCCGCGUUGGUUCGGUGAGUUGUCCAACGGCCUGCUGCUCACUCAGAAAGUCAUGGCGUCUUUCCUCGUCCUGCACACAGUGGUGAUUUCUCUCAGCUACGUGCAUCGUUCUCAGCCUCUGUGGAUGAAGAGUCCCUUCAGCAACACCUGGUGGUGCCUCAUCGUAAUCGUCAUUUUACUUGGUCAGAUUGUUCAGGCCACUGUGGACUACCAACUCUGGAGAGACCACGCCAGCAUCCUGACCUUUAACCUGGGUGACAUUCCACUUUUGGCCUGGUUGUUGGUCUCCGUGUCGCCGCUGCUGGUGGUAGUGGUCAACGAAGUCGUGAAGCUUCACGAGAUAAGGGUCCGGGUUCGUUACCAGAAGAGGCAGAAGCUGCAGUUUGAAACAAAGCUGGGAAUGAACUCUCCAUUCUGAAGCAUUCCUGCUGAUGGUACCGUAAAGCAGGAAAGAGUCCCACCUCCUCACACUCAUAACCUUGCCUCUCACCAGCAGGUGGCGCACAUUUUGACCAAAAGGCACGGUGGCAUUUUAAUGGGUUUCAGUUGAUUUAGCGGUUUUAUAUCAGUAAGAAUCAAAACUCCAAAGUGUUUGUUUCUGGUUUUCAAUGAAAAAGAGCCAAAAAAUAGUUGAGUAUUUAUUGUCAGAUUUGAGUUUGUUUUAAAGGCAUGAGGAAUGUUUUAAGAAGUUCUGGUUCAUCGCCGCAACUUUUAUUCUUUGGGUUGAGCACCGAGAGAUGUCCAUGAUGCUUCUCACGAUUGUCCCGCGCAUGCUUUAAGCAUUCAUCACGUAGCAGCUUCAUUUCUUCUUCGCUGUCACAUGUCUGUGGGAUUUUAACAGCGAUGGCAGCUUCACGUUUUCUACAUCGUCCGCACGACUUCCUGUGCUGUGUUACAAGAUCGCCUCGAACGGUACAGGAGCCGAGGAACGCUUUGAGCUCUUCCUGCCUCUCAUAAUGUCCAAACUGGUGAUGGUUGAUGUUGGUGAGUGAAAUGUAAAAAAAACAAGGAGUGGGAAGAAACUUUGUCGUUAGCGCUGAAGCCAAAACAAACAAACAAAAAACAACAAAUGAUUUUUGGUCAAAGGGCAAAAAGGGCAAAACCUUUACAGUUAUAAGUCCAAACUAUGAUAAAGUUAGAACUUGAUUAUAUGCAGAACAAAACCAAAUCUCUUGCAGGCAGCUUCAACAGCCACCAGAGGGCACUGUUUCUGUUAUAGUGGGUCGGAUAUGAUCAGGCGUUUUAUGGUGAAUACACCAAAUUUUGCACAGACAUUGUUGGAUAUAUAACAUACAAAAAAAAUGUAGAUAACACACCAGUUGUUUGUAAAAAUUUUUAGAAUCAGUGGACUUCCACGUGGAAGGAAACAGAAGACAACACGUCAUUCAUGUCCGUUUGAUACAUGAAGUGUAAUUUUCUUACACGCUCAAUCCAUUUGAACCACAAAUGCAUUGUUCCUCUCCACCCCCCCGCUCAUUAAAAAAUGCAUGUCAUGGUGACUAAUUAUUUUGUAUUUAUAUAUAUCUCAGACAAUGUCUGCAAAAUGUGGUGCCUUUACAAUUAAAUGCACAUUCGUGAUGAUAUUUUACACAUACCCGCUCCGCUGUUAGUUCGAGAUGAUGCGCGAGCUUCAUCGGACCGGUCCCGCCUUCAUUUAGAGAAAUGCCUUAAGCCCUGCCCCCUUUCUUAACUAGCCCUUCUUAAGGGGUCAUGAGGUCACAGCCCAGACAAACGCUGAAGGACAACACUUUACACUAAAUAAUAUUUCCAUCUGUUUCCUGUAGUUUGACGUAAACUUGUGCCUCUGUGCAUGCUUGUUGGUGAAGGGGGCGUGGCGUCAGCUCUGAUCUAACUGAAUGGUGAUGUAUAGUUUGUAGCUGGUGUGUGUCUGUGUCACCUGCCACAUUUCAGUGCAGCUCCAACACUUCUAAAAUGUUCAACAGUGGUUUUCUGAUCAUCUGAUGUUCCUUUUGCAGCUACAUUUCAGUCGUAAUCGUUGAGGUCAGUCCUGCUCUAAGAAUUGUGGACGCAGAAAUGUGGCUGCAUCAUGGACGUUUCACAGAAAGUUCUGGUGACGGUCAUCCGCAACCAUCUGAAAGGUGCUUCAUACUGUAUGCUUAAUUUGCCUUCAUUCUCAGCCUCAAUGCUACAUUGAUCCGUGGAGAUGAACCACAGCUCAGGAUACUGUUGGGCUGCGUCCACGUUCACGGCUGAAGUGACUGCAGCUUGACUUUAUUUUUUGCCUGUGACAAUCUUUUGUGAUUACUGUAGACACCCCCCCCCCCCCAACUUAAAUAUCAGUUAAGUUUCAUUUACGCACGUGGUCUCUGAUUCAUAUCAGAUUCCUGUGAACGCGACUGGCUGCUGUGAGCUAAUGCACGGCACGUACAAACAUGAAUGUGAUCAUGUGUCAAUCAAAAUGAAACUUUAAAGUUCAGCUCACUUCAGCUGUUAAUGUGAAUGUAUGUUUAGUUUGGGUUGAAACACUAAUAACCACAAAAUGAAUUCCAAAGGUCAAGUUUUUCAUUCAGCCUGGUUCAGUCGGCACCGUGCACACAAUGUACUCAUUCUGUAAAUCUUUGGCAGUUUAAAGUUUCACUAAUGACAUUAUAAUUUUACUUUUUUGGGUGGGGGGAAUCGCAACUUCUGACUUGAAAAAAAGGAGGGUGGUGGUUAUAAAAUGUGCUCAUUUUCACACGUGCCUGUUUUAUUUAUUCAGUUAGAAACUUAAUUUUAUUUUAUGUAACUACGUUUUUUUUAUGUACCGAUGGUGACUUUGAUGUCCAAAAAUUAAACCACUGAUUAUUAUUAUUGUUUUGUUUUGUUUUUUAAGACAAAUGCUGUAAUGACACGUUUUACAGUUGGCGAUGCGUAAAUGUUUACUCUGGACUUUAAUUCAGACGGACUCGGGUCCAGCCUGAAAUGGGUCCCUGGGAAAACCGUCUCACUCUGCAUUUUGAUCCAGUUUUCACAAACAUGUGAUGACAUGAAGCCUCUUUACACAAAUGUAUAUUUUGUAUUUUUUUAAAGUGUCUGUGUUCUGGAAUUUUGGCAGAUUUGUCUCAUUAAUAAAUAUGAAUUUAUUUA